GUCAUUGUAUCCACUGAACGAACACCUGUCUUCACUAUAACGCUCAUCGACUCGACCUAUGGCUGGGGGAUUUGGGCCUCCGCUGGGCGGGUCUUCGCUGGAAGGAUCUGAAUGGCGGGGCGAGGCUCGUGUAGUCGGUCCGCCCUGGACACAUCUAAUAACACUCACAAUCGGACUGCUCGGCGUGCAAGUAUUCUGGAGCGUCGAGAUGUCAUACGGCUCUCCAUACCUCAUCUCGCUUGGCUUCAGCACCUCCCAUGUCGCGCUCGUCUUCCUGGCCGGCCCGUUCUCCGGACUCGUCGUGCAACCGCUCGUAGGGGCAUAUGCCGACACCUCCACCUCUCGCUUCGGACGGCGCAGGCCAUAUAUCCUUGUCGGAUGUCUACUCUGUGUGGUGGGAAUGCUGCUGCUUGGGUACACGCGCGGCGUCGCGGGUCUUUUCACCACGUCAGGCUCGUCUGCGCACUCGACCCUCACGAUGGUCCUCGCAGUCGUCGCGAUCUUCCUAAUCGACUUUUCCAUCAAUGCAGUGCAGGCGGUUGACCGCGCGCUGGUCGUCGACACACUGCCUCCCUCCCAACAAGCAGCGGGAAAUGCCUGCGCAGCCCUGAUGCUGGGCCUCGGUGCCGUUGUAGAGUCGGAGCUGCAGGCGCUCUCUGGCCUUGUUUCCAUGAUCCUACUCGGAUUCCAUCUCGUCACAGCGAUUCUUGUUAAAGAGCGGGUGCUUGUCGGAUCACCCGACACACCCAGACCGUCAUUGAGACACGAGUUUCGUGAGAUAUGGGCCAACGCGCGGUCAUUGCCUUCAGUCAUCAGACAGAUUUGCUUGACCCAGUUCUUUGCAUGGCUCGGUUGGUUCCCGGUUCUGUUCUACACGACCCUGUACAUCACCGACGUGUAUAUGCGUUCGGCAAUGAAUGUCCCACCGAGCAGGCGCGAGGAAACCGCUGACUUGGACGAAGCCACCCGUUUAGGUGCCCACGCGCAACUGCUUUCUUCGAUUCUUUCUCUGGCGACCAACGCUCUUUUGCCUCUUUUGACUGCACCGUCGUCAAUGACGUCAUCACCACACACAAAGUCAGGGACAAGACAGUGGCUUCCGCAGUUUUCGCUGCCCAUGUUGUGGGCUGCAAGUCAUGCCAUAUUUUCAUUGUGCAUGAUCGGAAGCUUCUUCGUACAGAGUGUUGCUGGUGCGACAGUCUUGAUCCUAGCGGAGGCGAUCCUGACCUCGAGUCCGACCCCUGACGCUCAUUAUAUUCAGCUCUCGGACCAUCGUAGCGCGACGAACCUCGUCGCAGACGAAGAAGACGAGCGACAAGCCUUUCUUGUCGCUGAGGAAGACGAAGAAGAGUCUGAUGAGGACGCCGAAUCGGUCGAGACGGCUACUCCAACAAAAGGCAUGGGCAAGGCUCAGGUCUUAUUGGGGAACUCGUUGGCACAGAUGAGUGUCGUCGAUGUCACCACUCCAAGAUUGCCGGCUCCAGAGCCGGAGAUAGUCGACGUUGAACCCAGAGCCGCCGCCGUCGGAGGACUCGGUGCCAAAGCUGGCGUGAUUCUGGGCAUUCACAACAUAUUUAUCGUGAUCCCUCAGUUCCUGAUCACAGGAUUUUCUGCAAUUAAUCGGGGCGAUAUGGGGCGCAAUCGCGUUUGUGCUCGCUUGGCGAUUGGCCCGCGAGCUGAGACGAGGCAAAAGUAGUAUAGCCGGACAUUUGAUUACUUAAUCGACUACACGCAAAGUGAGAUGACGGCACUAGCCCUUGAGUUUCUUCAUCCUCGGUGCAUCGUCCUCCGGGGCUUCCGACUGCCUGGCGCGCUUCUUCCCUUUAGCCUUUUUCUUCUUCUUCGCCUUGGUAUUUGGGUCGUCGUCUACGUCAUCCUCUUGGUCAGGUCGGUACUCCGCAGACUCAACAUCCAAUCUCCGACUCCUCCUGGUCCUCAGCGGACUUCCGGACGCAGCCGCAGCGACACCUUCCAUCUCGGCUGUCCGGAUCCUCCUAUCGGCGGGACUCUCCAGCUCUUCGUCGGUUGAGUCGCCGCGCUGGGAAUAGGCCCAUGAAGGGGUCGGAGAUCCCCGCCGCCGCCCGCGUGAGACGGAUGCGUUAGUCGACGUUGAGCCUGCAUUUGAUACUGGCGGACGGGGACUUGAAUCCGGAUUGGUGACUCUGGACGACCGCUCUCUUUUCAAAGGCUGUAGCUGCUUCUUGACCCCUCUGACCUCUUCACCGUCUCUGGGCAGAUAGAAGACCUCCCCCUCCCUGAGAAUGUCCAAACCAACAAGUUGCCGCACGAUGCCAAUGAGAUCGCUGCUGAAGUCGAGUCCCUCGAUGUCACUGACCAUCCGGUGGCUGUCCUCAGUCGUCGCAUCACCGAGAUCUCUGAUGUCCGCUUCGGCAAUUAGAUCCGAUGAGCCGAGCGAGCAGCCUGGAACGAUGAAACAGAUACGAGGGCUGUCUGGGUUUUCCGAGUCCUCUGGCAGGUCGAUUCGACGAUAUCGGCACUGGGACCGAGUCAUUGGUGAUGUGUUAGUAGAUGUUGUGGCGGGCAGGGUCGGAAGAGAAGCGACACUGGAGGACGUAGAGCUCGUCGAUGGCGUGCGUUCAACGCUUGGUCGAAUAGUCGUCAUCGAGUUCUGACGGACCGGUUUCACUGAAUGUCGGUGCCAAAGCGUGGGCGGAGCCACUGGCGGGGGUGGUGGCGCUGGAGGCGGUGGAGGAGGUAAGGCAUGCGCCGUUCGCUGUAUUGUCACAACUCGAGGUGAGGGGGAGCGGGAUGGGACCAGAAGCUUGGAGAUCAUGCUUGAGUUCGACGACGUUUCUUCUGCAUUUUCCUCGUCUGACUCAACAGCCUUCUCUUUACCCUUGGACCGAGCCCUGGCAACGGAUCCGACGCUGACUUUGCUGGCUUUCGAAGUCGCCGACUGGUCAUCGUUGUCGUCGUCAUUCUCGUCGCGCUUGCGUUUAAGUGUCCCAGAGCUACACGGGCUUGAGAAUAUUCGUACAUUAGAUGAGAACAGAAGACGCACUCUUGAUCAGAUGUGAUGACUUCCGCAAAAUCUCGAGUAACAGCAGGAGGCGUUCUUUCUGAUUCCUCAUGUUUUGCAUCCAUGACAGCAGAUGAGAUUGGUUCUGGUUGGGGUUUUUCUUCAACAGCAAUAUUUUUUACCUCGGAUUCAGCAUCGAUUUCCGUCGAGGCAAUGACAGGUUCGAAAACCGAUUCAAUCACAGGCUCUUCGACUGUGGGGGUAUCGAGCUCUGAGUCGUCGCCGAGAGAGACUUCGUCGCCAUCCGCAUCCGCAUCGGAGCCAGAGUCGUCCCUCGACGCUGUGUUGGCGUCCUCCUCUGCCGAUCGUUCGUCGACCGUGAAUAAGUUUCGUUCCUCGAAAACAGGUUCGUCAACGACAGGUUGUUCGACGGAUUGCUCGUCUGUGGUGGAGUUAAUGACGGUCCGUUUCUCGAGGGCUCGCUCGUCAUCGAUGACUGAGCUUGGCGCAUCGGUGACAACAACUGGAUCGUCAAUGGCGGUAACUGGAUCUUCGAAAACAGUGUCUGACUCGUCGACAACAGCAACUGUAUCAUCGACAACAGCGACUGAAUUGUCGGCGAUUGUAUCUUCACCGGCAGGAAUGGCAAGGAUUGAACCAUCGUCUUCGCUCUUUACAUCGUCAGAGACCGCACUUUGGUGCUGGAAAACAGAACGGUCAUCCCCGAUCAAUUCAUCUUCAAGGGAUGAUUCGACGACCGCCCCAUCUGGCACCCAUUCAAGAGCUAAUGGUUUGCCCACGUCCUUGUCGAAGUCCUGGCCUCCGUCAGAAUUCGGAUACCCCAACUCGACUUCAUCUUGCCCGUCAGCGACAUCGGAGUCUCGAUUGCCAGCAGCUUCCUCUCCCUGUACUUCUUCCAGUGCAUCCGAUUUUGGCAACGUGGUAUCAACCGUUCUGAGCGAGUGAUCAACGUUUGGCCGCUCCACUGUGCGAAUGAGAAGCACGUACCUCAGAUCGAAAUCAAGUGAAACCGGAGCCGGUGGUGGGCUGGAUGCCCGGGAUGAGAGACCAGAGACGGGAGUGAACAAGCUUGCAGACGUUGUCCGGGCCAGUAACAGAGAGGGGAGCACAGUUUGGACUAGCGGGGGCGAGCCGGGAUAAGGGUCGGCGACAUUUUCGUUGGCAAGGAUUGGCAUCGGAAUCGGGUCGAGUAGAGGAGAAAUGGUCUGGUCCCCAUGAAUGGGGUGUUCGGGCAGAGUAGGAUUAACCAGGGCCUCAUCCUGCACAAGAAGUUCUGCUUGGUCUGCUUGUUCAAGCGAUUCGACUUUCUCCAAGAGUUCGGCAUCCUCUGAAGGUUCGACAUUUUGCGAAGAUUCAACUGAUUCGAGCAGCUCGACUUUUUCGGACGCCUCGGCAGUACAUGCAUUGUUUCCAACUUCCUCGACGACAGUCGUGACACCCGCACUGAUCUUCAUGUGUCUCUCCUCCGUCGGCUCUUCUUCUGUAGACAAUCGCGAAUGAGGCUCGACGGAGAUAUUGCGCGAGAUGGAGGGGUUUGUGACUCCUUCAACUUCUCCGUUGAGAUCAGGCUCUUCUCUCUCGGUAUCUUCAGCAUGUUCUUCAACAUCGUAGUCCGUCAUAGGUUCCUCCACAAAGAAAACGCGGUUUUGCGGUUCGAUAGACACGGUGCGCGAAAUGACGCGAGCUUCAGACUGCCCGUCUGUGCCUUCUGUCUCGCUUUCAGCUUCUUCCACGACAUAGCCGAAACCAACGCCAAUCUGCAGAUAAUAGUCCUGUUCAGAAGCCGUGAGAGGCGCGCUCGGAUCCGUAGGCACCGCUUCAAACGUCGGCAACUCGUCGCUCGAGUCGUCGAAGAUUUCUAGCGGUGGAAUCCUGGGAUCGCCGUCUUCGUUGUCUUCGUCGUCGUCAUUUUGAUAGUGAAGGGUAUCAUCCCAGCCAGUGGCUGAGCAUCCUGAGUAUCGGAGUGAAGCCUUCAAGGCAGACGCACCAUCAACUCCGAAAUCUGGGGAUGAUGUCGCGAUCGGACUUGAGCCCGGAAGAACAUCAGCAUAAUCCACGGCGAGCUCGUCAUCGCCAGCGUCUAUAUCGGCUUGCAGUAGUUCGGCAAGUGUCAGAUGCUCGUUUGUUGAGAUGGGAGGUGGAGAGGAGCCUAGCGGCUUCACUUGUUCGUCGUCGCCGUCGUAAUCAGCUACCACCUCAGACGGAUCCGCAUGCGGGGAAGAGCCGAUCUGGUCCUCUUCAGCCAAUUCGUCCAUCUGCUUGUCUUGCAUCAAGUAAACUGUCUCGACAGGUGGCGCUGAAACCAGUUCAAUAAGGAAGCAGGCACGAUGAAAAACAGUCACCAUAUUCAUUCUCCUUCUCGGAUUCCGAACCGGUCUCAGCUUCGUCUUGAUCUUCGUGACUUUCAUACCUGAGAAAGGGACUGUUUAGCGCCAGCUCUUCGUGGUUCUGGACCAUGUCCUCGUCCGAAUAAACCUCGACGAUGUCGGCUUCAUCCAUCUCUUCCUCCGGCUCCUCAUCUUCGGCUGGUUCGUCAUCUCGAGCUGAAACGUUGUGCUUCCGCGACCAACGCGCGUGCGCGCGAGCUGAGCUCUCCCCGUGUCUGAUGGCCAACUCUUCUUCUUCUUCGUCGUCGUCAUCCUCCUCAUCAUCAUCCUCUUCUAGUUCCUCCUCCUCCCCUUCUUCGAGAUCAUAAUCCACUCCCUCUUCAUCCUCCUCCUCCUCCUCGCCCUCCAGAUCUCGUAGACGCAACCGUAGUCGCGGUCCCCCUUCGUCCGCUUCUUCGUCAUACUCCGCUCCGCUGUCUUGUCCUUCCUCAUUCCCAUCAUCAACCUCAUCCUCGUCAGAUUCCAUGUCAAUUUCGAUAGGCGCGUCGCGGUCGCCCCGACCAAGUCCAGGUCCCUCGCGUGGGUCGCGCCCUUUGCCUUUCGCGUCUGCGGUGGUAGGUUGUCGCACGUAGUCCUCCUCCUCUACGUCUUCGCUCGCACUCCGCGCCACAUGCCACUCCUUCUUCGUCUUUACUUUGUCCGCACUCGUCUCGGCGCGAAACCCGAGCGCGCCCUUGAGAGCGCUCGUGAUAUCUCCGAUCCAUUCGUCAAACUGGGGUUGAGUGAACUUAUCAUAGGGAUUUAUGACGGGGGCGCGGAGGGCGAUGGGCUUCGGUGCAUGUCGCGAGCGCGAGUAACGCGACACUGAGGUAGAAAGUGACUGAGUGGCGGAGAUCGAGCUGGGGAAGGAGCCUAUGGGGGCGGAGGAGGAAGAAGAAUGGGAAAAGGAGGCGGAUGAGAUGCGCGCAUUGCCAUUGCUACUGAAAAAGGGUGGAGAGGACAUGAUUUCGCCGUAGAGAGCAAGGUCACGACAUGCGAGUCUGCGACAAGGCGAGGAUUGAU